AUGCAAACGGAGCCAAAAAUGGCUGCAGUCGAUCAGAAAAUGAAAUAUCAAAAUGAUAGCAAAGAAGAAGAUAGCAAUUUUCACCAGUCUGCCGACGCAACACCAGAUGACGGACAAACUGUAUUGAUCGGGGGUUUAUUGCAUCAGAUGCGUGUCCCCAAUGGUCAAGUCUGUCAUCAGUCACCUCGCCUUCCGGCGUAG